CAGUGGGAUUGGUCAAGGAGGCAGCGCAGCUUUUCUCUCUCCCCCCCCCCAUGAGUGGCAUUGAGUUGGACGAGCCCAUUCUUCUGUUUCGGGCUGUGAUUGGAGGAGCGGGGCGAUGGAUUAAGCCCUCAUCCGCGCGGGGAUUGGGGGAAGGGGCGUCGCCGCGCGGGGAUUGGCGGCCGGUAGCGUUGCUCGGUGACGGGGGCGGGGCGCUGCCGCGCUGAGGGAUCGCCGGAGUCAGUUUGCCAGCGGCGCUCCCAGGCCGCGCAGCUGCUGCCGGCUCCUCCCGGGGGUUCCUUCUCCCUCCCGCUCCGGGGGUGCCCGGGGCUCCGUGCCUGUCCCGGGGCACCGUGAUGGGGCUGGGCGGCCCUUUGCUUCUCCUCUCCCGUCCUUUGCGUGUCUCCGCCGGCUCCUCCUGUUGCUGACGCCGCCGCGGACCCCUCGGGGCCCCCCUGUCCGCGGCCCCGCCCGAGAAAACUCCAAGAGAUCAUAAAAAGGAAAAAAACCCUUUGCAUCUGGUUUCUGGACUCAACACUAUAGGAAAUCAAAAUGUCAGGAGCUUCGGUGAAGGUGGCUGUCCGGGUCAGGCCCUUCAAUUCCAGAGAGACCAGCAAAGACUCCAAAUGCAUCAUCCAGAUGCAAGGCAACUCAACCAGUAUUAUCAACCCAAAGAACCCCAAGGAAGCACCAAAGUCCUUCAGCUUUGACUACUCCUACUGGUCUCACACCUCGCCUGAAGAUCCCUGCUUUGCAUCUCAGAACCGUGUGUACAAUGAUAUUGGGAAGGAGAUGCUGUUGCAUGCCUUUGAAGGCUACAAUGUGUGUAUCUUUGCCUAUGGGCAGACUGGAGCUGGGAAAUCCUACACUAUGAUGGGCAAACAGGAGGAAAGCCAGGCAGGCAUCAUACCACAGCUGUGUGAAGAACUGUUUGAGCAAAUCAAUGACAACAGUAAUGAGGAGAUGUCCUAUUCUGUGGAGGUCAGUUACAUGGAGAUUUAUUGUGAGAGAGUCAGAGAUUUAUUGAACCCGAAGAACAAGGGGAACUUGCGGGUGCGAGAGCACCCUCUGCUCGGACCCUAUGUGGAGGACCUGUCCAAGUUAGCAGUCACCUCUUAUACAGACAUUGCAGACCUCAUGGAUGCUGGGAACAAAGCCAGGACUGUGGCAGCUACAAACAUGAAUGAAACAAGUAGCCGCUCUCACGCUGUGUUUACGAUUGUCUUUACUCAGAAGAGACAUGACACAGAAACCGACCUUUGCACGGAGAAGGUCAGCAAGAUUAGCCUUGUGGAUCUAGCUGGGAGUGAGAGAGCAGACUCAACUGGUGCCAAAGGGACUCGAUUAAAGGAAGGAGCGAACAUCAACAAGUCUCUCACAACACUGGGCAAAGUAAUUUCAGCCUUGGCAGAAGUGGAUAACUGCACCAAUAAGAGUAAAAAGAAGAAGAAGACAGACUUUAUUCCAUACAGGGAUUCUGUGCUAACGUGGCUACUUCGGGAAAAUCUAGGUGGAAACUCCAGAACUGCCAUGGUUGCUGCUCUGAGUCCCGCAGAUAUCAACUAUGAUGAAACUUUGAGCACUUUAAGAUAUGCAGAUCGUGCAAAGCAGAUCAAAUGCAAUGCUGUUAUCAAUGAAGACCCCAAUGCCAAGCUGGUGCGUGAGCUGAAGGAGGAGGUGACGAGGCUCAAGGAUCUCCUGCGUGCCCAAGGGCUAGGAGAUAUUAUUGAUACCUCCAUGGGGUCCCUCAGUGCAUCUCCAUCUUCCUGCUCUCUCAGUAGUCAGGUGGGCUUAACAUCUGUGUCCAGCAUACAGGAGAGGAUCAUGUCUACACCUGGAGGAGAGGAAGCCAUUGAACGUUUAAAGGAAUCAGAGAAGAUCAUUGCAGAGCUGAAUGAGACAUGGGAGGAGAAGCUGCGGAAGACUGAGGCCAUUAGGAUGGAGAGGGAGGCCUUGCUGGCUGAGAUGGGAGUUGCCAUUCGUGAAGAUGGAGGAACACUGGGAGUCUUCUCCCCUAAAAAGACACCUCAUCUUGUGAACCUCAAUGAAGAUCCACUCAUGUCAGAAUGUCUGCUUUACUAUAUCAAAGAUGGCAUCACUAGGGUUGGACAGGCAGAUGCCGAGCGGCGACAAGACAUUGUGCUGAGUGGGGCUCACAUUAAAGAGGAACACUGUCUCUUCCGAAGUGAGAGGAACCACAAUGGUGAUGUUAUUGUUACUCUGGAGCCUUGUGAACGGUCGGAAACGUACGUCAAUGGCAAGAGGGUUGUACAGCCUGUGCAAUUGCGCUCAGGAAAUCGUAUCAUCAUGGGUAAAAAUCACGUUUUCCGAUUCAACCACCCUGAGCAAGCACGAGCAGAGAGGGAGAAGACUCCAUCAGCUGAAACUCCCUCUGAACCAGUAGACUGGACAUUUGCUCAGAGAGAACUCUUGGAGAAACAGGGCAUUGAUAUGAAGCAGGAGAUGGAGAAGAGGUUACAAGAAAUGGAGAUUUUGUACAAGAAGGAGAAAGAGGAAGCAGAUCUCUUGUUGGAGCAGCAAAGGCUGGACUAUGAGAGUAAACUGCAGGCCUUGCAGAAGCAGGUUGAGACGCGAUCCCUAGCUGCUGAGACGACAGAAGAGGAAGAGGAAGAGGAGGAAGUGCCGUGGACUCAGCAUGAAUAUGAACUGGCCCAGUGGGCAUUCAGGAAAUGGAAGUUUCACCAGUUCACUUCAUUAAGGGAUCAGCUCUGGGGUAAUGCAGUCUAUCUGAAAGAGGCCAAUGCAAUCAGCGUGGAAUUAAAGAAGAAGGUGCAGUUUCAGUUUGUCCUGCUGACCAACACGCUCUAUUCCCCUCUGCCCCCUGAGCUGCUGCCCAAUGAGACAGAGAAGACUCGGAACAACAGACCUUUCCCUCGGACAGUAGUGGCUGUGGAAGUCCAGGAUCUGAAGAAUGGAGCAACACAUUACUGGUCCCUGGAGAAACUCAAGCAGAGAUUGGAGCUGAUGCGGGAGAUGUAUGACAGGGCUGGAGAAAUGGCGUCCAAUGCCCAGGAUGAGAAUGAGAGCACAAUGACUGGUAGUGACCCCUUCUACGAUCGAUUCCAUUGGUUCAAACUGGUUGGUAGCUCCCCCAUUUUCCAUGGCUGCGUGAAUGAGCGUCUUGCCGACCGCACGCCCUCCCCCACUUUCUCCACGGCUGACUCCGACAUAACCGAACUGGCCGAUGAGCAGCAGGAUGAGAUGGAAGACUUUGAUGAUGAGGCCUUUGUGGAUGAUACUGGCUCCGACGCUGGAACCGAGGAGGGAUCCGACCUCUUCAAUGAUGGGCACGACCCGUUUUACGACCGGUCCCCUUGGUUCAUUUUAGUGGGAAGGGCAUUCGUAUACCUGAGCAAUCUACUAUACCCAGUGCCCCUUAUCCACAGAGUGGCAGUUGUCAGUGAGAAGGGGGAGGUUCGAGGAUUUCUGCGUGUGGCAGUGCAAGCAAUAGCAGCGGACGAAGAAGCUCCAGAUUAUGGAUCUGGCAUUCGGCAAUCUGGCACAGCUAAAAUUUCUUUUGAUGACGAAUACUUUAAUAAGACUGACUUUUCUUCAGUUGCAAUGACUCGUUCUGGACUGUCACUAGAAGAACUGAGAAUUGUGGAAGGGCAAGGUCAGAGUUCAGAGGUCAUCACUCCCCCAGAAGAAAUUAACAGAAUAAACGACCUGGACCUGAAGUCAGGCACUUUGUUGGAUGGGAAGAUGGUGAUGGAAGGGUUUACCGAGGAGGUUGGCGACCACCUGAAACUGGGUAGUGUGUUCACCUUCCGUGUGACAGUGCUGCAGGCCAGUGGCAUCCUCCCAGAAUAUGCAGAUAUCUUCUGUCAGUUCAACUUUUUACAUAGACACGAUGAAGCUUUCUCUACUGAACCUCUCAAAAACAAUGGCCGGGGGAGUCCUCUUGGGUUUUACCAUGUCCAGAAUAUCGCUGUGGAAGUGACAGAAUCUUUUGUGGAGUACAUCAAAACUAAGCCGAUUGUGUUUGAAGUCUUUGGGCACUACCAGCAGCACCCUCUCCAUCUGCAGGGACAGGAUCUCAACAGCCCUCCUCAGCCAUCCCGACGAUUCUUUCCACCUCCCAUGCCACUCUCAAAGCCAGUGCCAGCCACAAAGCUAAACACUAUGAGCAAAACUAACCUGGGCCAGAGCAUGAGCAAAUACGACCUCCUUGUCUGGUUUGAGAUCAGCGAGCUGGAGCCAACAGGAGAAUACAUCCCUGCUAUUGUUGACCACACCGGAGGCUUACCCUGCCAGGGGACGUUCUUGCUUCACCAGGGAAUCCAGCGUAGGAUCACAGUCACCAUUAUCCAUGAGAGAGGCAGUGAAUUGCACUGGAAAGAUGUGCGAGAACUGGUUGUUGGACGCAUCAGAAACAAAGCCGAGGUAGAUGAAGCUGCUGUGGAUGCUAUUCUGUCUUUGAAUAUAAUCUCUGCAAAGUACCUGAAGUCUUCUCACAGCUCCAACAGGACUUUCUAUCGUUUUGAGGCUGUUUGGGAUAGCUCCUUGCAUAACUCCCUCCUCCUCAAUCGAGUGACACCCUAUGGAGAGAAGAUCUAUAUGACCUUGUCUGCAUAUCUGGAGCUUGACCACUGCAUCCAACCAGCUGUGAUUACCAAGGAUGUCUGUAUGGUCUUCUACUCACGAGAUGCCAAGAUCUCACCACCACGCUCGCUACGCAAUCUCUUUGGCAGCGGCUAUUCCAAAUCCCCAGACUCCAAUCGAGUAACUGGAAUCUACGAGCUGAGUUUAUGCAAAAUGGCAGACACAGGAAGCCCAGGAAUGCAGAGGAGGAGAAGGAAAGUCCUGGAUACGUCUGUGGCAUAUGUCCGUGGGGAAGAGAACCUGGCAGGUUGGAGGCCCCGUGGUGACAGCCUCAUUCUAGAGCACCAGUGGGAACUGGAGAAGCUGGAGCUGCUGCAUGAGGUGGAAAAGACUCGUCACUUCCUGCUACUGCGUGAGAAACUUGGCGACAGCAUCCCCAAAUCCUUGAGUGACUCGCUGUCCCCCAGUCUGAGCAGUGGGACCCUCAGCACCUCCACCAGCAUCUCCUCCCAAAUUUCCACUACCACUUUUGAGAGUGCUGUCACGCCCAGUGAAAGCAGCGGCUAUGACUCUGCAGACAUUGAGAGCCUGGUGGAUAGGGAGAAAGAGCUGGCAACCAAGUGCCUGCAGCUUCUUACCCAUACUUUCAACCGUGAAUUUAACCAGGUGUACAACAGCAUCAGUGAUUGUAAGCUAUCCGAUAUCUCUCCAAUCGGACGUGACCCAUCAGUGUCCAGUUUCAGCAGUGCCACCCUCACACCUUCAUCCACCUGUCCCUCUCUGGCAGAUUCAAGGUGCAAUUCAGUGGAUCAGAAGACUCCAGAAGCAAAUUCCCGUGCCUCCAGCCCGUGCCCAGAGUUGGAACAAUUCCAGCUGGUUACAACAGUGGAAACCUCCUUCCUGGCCAGAGCUGGAAAGAAUGAAUUCCUGAACCUUGUUCCAGAUAUUGAGGAAAUCAGACCUGGCUCUGUGGUCUCAAAGAAGGGGUACCUCCACUUCAAGGAGCCACUCUCCAGCUCCUGGGCCAAGCACUUUGUGAUAGUCCGCCGUCCAUACGUCUUUAUUUACAACAGUGACAAAGACCCUGUGGAGAGGGGGAUCAUAAACCUGUCCACAGCUCAGGUGGAGUACAGCGAGGAUCAGCAGGCAAUGGUGAAGACCCCCAAUACCUUUGCUGUGUGCACAAAGCACCGUGGGGUCCUGCUCCAGGCCAUCAAUGACAAAGAUAUGAACGACUGGUUAUACGCCUUCAACCCUCUUCUUGCUGGCACAAUACGGUCAAAACUGGCCCGAAGACGCACGGGCCUGCUGAAGUACUGAGUCCAUGUGAUCUCAUCUGUUCUAACUCACCUUCUGAUAGAUAGUGUUACCUCUCAUUUCUCUGUGUGAUUCUUGAUGGUUUCUCUUGUAUGUAAUCCUGUGGCUUAACUUCCAUUCCCUCCCCACCUCCUUUAGCACUUUUUCUAGCUAUUCUAACCCUACCCCUUUUUCUUUUCAUCUGUGCUGAGAAUCCUAUUAGUAGCAUGUGGCCAAAACAAAAGGAAAAAACAAAAAAAGGAUCCAGUGAAUAUUGCACGACUUCAAAAAGAAAUGUUAUUUAUUUUUUUUGUCUUUUCCUUAGGACUAUUGGUUUCCCAUUCCAACUGACUCUUUGAUGUCUGUACCACUGUCCUCAGUGUUAUCUUUCUGAAAUGCUUUAGGUUUUUCUUUAUUUUAUGACUUUGCGGUAACCACAAUGCUGCCCUCAGGACAAGAUUCUUAGGCUAGGGGAAAAUGGUUCCUUCUAAGCGUCUAAACGUGGUGUUACUCAGCUAGAAGCUGCCGCUGCUCUUGAGGCUUCCUUAGUCUUGCCUGUCAUUUAACCCCUUAUGAGAGCUGACACAUAAGAUAAGUCAACCCAUCCAGGUUGGACUUGAAUCUCAGACCCCAGAUAUCCAGGAAUUUGAGUUAAUUCUGGAGAUAGAGGAGUUGUUGGUAUUCAGCAGGUCAGAGCAAGGUCUGCUGCUGUCUAGAUUGAUGGGAGGAGAACAGGAGCAGACCGAGUAAUGUAGCAGCAGGCUGGAAGAAACUGCCCUGUGGGCUCUUGCCAUAGGGGUCUAGAUUGGCACUGUUCAUUUAUAAAAUUCCCCAAAACUUUAGUGCUUCUCUGCCCCUCUUUUGAGCAGAGCAGGUGGCAUUUGUGGUAACCAUGUGCAGGCAAUGUGGCCAUAUCCCUCCUGACUGGGAAAGGAGGUUGUCACUGAAGCAUUGGGUGCAAAUCCUGUAAUUUGAAGGGCUCAUCCUUUUCUUUGAGGUGAUGCUAAUGAGGGAAAGUGGGAAGUGGAAAAAUCUCUGUGUGGUGGUUCUCUCGAGCAUAUGCAGGAAUUAACCAGAAAGAUGGGGAGAUGCUUCCCUUUUUCUCUUCCUUUCUUUGGUCUUGAGAGUUACUGUAGCAGUGACUUUUCCCUUCCCUGUUUAAUUAGCUUUAAAACAGAAACAGCAUGGCCUGGAAAGCUGCUCUGAAAAAUGCAUCUGGCAUAUACUCUUGGAGUACCCCUGAAAUGAGGGCCUCCCUGCUCCCACCUUGUGCAUACCACCCUCUUUUCUCCAAUUCAAAGACUUUCCUGUCAUCAGAUUGGAUAUUAUCUUCUCUCCACUGUCUCCUUUAAAAACCUAGUGCUUGCAGCACUCUUCAGCCACUGCAUGCUUCAGGAUGGGAGGGAGCUUUGGCUUCUCUUUGGAAAAAAGAUCACAUCUCUGCUUGUAUCACCACCACCUUCUCCUCCUUUUCUUCAGCUGCCUCCAGUCCUUACCCCUAAAUUCUGUGGGCAGGAGGAUAGUCCCUCCUGAAGAGAGACCAAGUAGACUCCUAUUCCUGGUCACCAGUGUGUAACAAGUGCCUGUUGUAAGAUUCCCCCUGGGCAGCAGCAGCUAUUGCUAAUUUGAUAUAAGGUCUCUUAGACAAACCUUGACCCCCUACCCCUUCAGGCCUUCCACCAAAGACACAGUAAGUUUCCUUUCUCUGGAAGGUGAAUUUCCAGCUUAGGUUUCUUGGUGGCUGCAGGGGAGUUAUUUUUAGCAUCCAUCAAAACCCCUUCAUUAUACUUCAGCUACUCAGGGGAGUGGAAUGCCAGGGGAGUAGGGAUGUACAGAGCUCUUAUUAAGUUUAUAGCCCUUGGGAGUGGCAAAGGGGGUUUAUUUCACUAUCCUAGGCACAUGCAAGAAGAAAAGGUCCUCUGAUCACUCCACCUCAGGAAGGUAGUUUUCAUUAAGAUCACUCCUUGUCAUCUAAUUAUGCCGCCCACUGGCAUUUCUGUGGCCAGAAGCAUGAGGGAUUCUCAAUAGAGCAACUUUAUUCCAGCUUCAUGCACUGCUUUGCUUCUGCCGGCAAAGCGCAAUGCAUAGUGGGACCUCAUAAAAGCUUAGUUAAAAGAAGGAGCAGGAAGAUGAAGUCUGAUGCUUGCUAGGACAUCUAUUUAUACCUUACAUGAUGGUAAUUAAGCUAAGCUGUGAGCUCACCCUUUCUCCUGCAGUCCCCUAACUCCUUCCAGAACAUGAAUCUGCACUGGAGGAGUGUCAUAGGGACCCAAGAGCAUCACACAGAAAGCAUUUGUUUGUUUGUAGCAUUUUGUUCUUUAAUUGUGUGACCCUAACACAGUGAUGAUAUUCUUUGUUAUGUAACAGACACAAUAUGCACUUCCAGUGUGUGCACAAAGACUGCCAGUGCAGGAAGAAGCUCCCUGAGCUGGAGUUAAGGAGAUUUCAAGACUGUUCUAAGAAUGAACUAGAGGUUAAUUUUAAGCACUAAGUCACUACUGCUGCUGCCACCAUCGGUAACGAAGGUGGGACCUUUCUGAGAAGGGGAGGGAUGGUGACGAUUAGAUGUGGUAUUAUGUUACGCACUGAGAACUUUUUUUAAUUUUUUUAACUAGAACAAAACUAGUUUGCAAAGUCUUUGCUUUGGAUAGGCCAGAAGCUGGAAAAUUCGCUAAAUUGUAUUUAUAAAUAUAUUAUGUAUAAAUGUGAUUAAGGGACCCUCCUUAGGAAACAGGAGGUGGCAUAUGGGUAUCUUAUUACUACAGAACUGAAAUGUUACAAAUGUGUUGCAUAAAUUUCACUCUCCUAUAUUUGAGGACUGCGGGCAGCUUCCGGUGACCUGAUCUGUAUGUAGAUCAAAGGUCACUGGAAGUGUAAAAUUCUAUUUUUAAGUUUCUACAUUUCCUAAAGCCCCAUAAUCUGUAGAGAGUUCAGAGGGGGCAGUAUCACCUUCCAGUCUGAUGCAAGAGAGAUGUUGAAUCUCCUAGAGUCUCACACUGGUAAUGGAGCUCUGCUCUGGAAUGGCAGUGUUCCUUGGUCCUUAAAUUAGGAAGUAGAAAAAUACUAGAUUUUUUUAAAUUAAUUGAAAUUCAUAUUUUUGUACAGGCUUCCUGUUCUCGCCCGAAGAGUUUAAAAUGGAAAAAAUACAUGGGGCAGGGAAAACUGUCACCCCUCCUGAAGUUUAAAAAUCCAACUGAACUGUUUUGAUGAUUGACCUGCAUGCAGGCUGCCCUGGAGUCAGCCAGCUCUUGGGACUUGCUGCUGGAAAGUGGGCACCAUGCCAUGGGCCAGCCAACCUUUUGAGCAUGGGCACUGAUCCUAAAGGAUGUCCCUUGGAAAAAGUUAAGAUUGCAGGCACACCUCUAGUUUGGGUUUUUAAUUUAAUCAAAUAAUGGAAGGGAAGAAAUGACCCAAAGGCCAGUGAAAAUGACACUAGUGUUUAAAUUCCACAAGCCAUUUUAUUUUAAAAAGAAUUGAUACUGUAUUUUAGAGAUGCACUUUAAUUUUUUUAAACAAAAUCCUUUAUCCUGGGAUGCAGAAGGGAAGGGAGAGGAUUUCCAAACCAUUGGAAAGGUUUGUCAUGCCCAUGUCGAAUAUCUUUACUACUGCUCAGUGAGGUGUUUCAAAGCAAAGACUUUACUUUCUGCUGCUUGUUAUCUAAUUUACAGGGAUAUUUAAUUUUUUAUGUAAUGUAUUGUAUAUUUAUACAUCUGUAAUUAAUUGCACAUUAGAUAAGGAAGAGAGCAUUAUCCUGGGUAUAGAACCCACUGGUACUCUGCAAUUAAUACUGCCUAUGCAUCACUCUGGUACUUACGCAGCAUCAGUUUGUGUUAGUUGUAUUGUUCUGGAUUUUUUUCUCUUUUUUGUUAAAGAUGCAGUUGUUAACCUGCUGCUUAAAGGAAGGAUACUAAUGCUGCUGCUCUUGGAAGGUUUGCAGAGUGUAUUUAAAUGGGACUCUAACUUGUGUGUGUUGCAUCUCUCCAUUGUGGCUAAUUACCCUGUAUGUGGUCUGAACUGUACUGUACGUAGCAGGAAUGUAUUCAUUUUGUGCUUCCUUGUUAAACAGAAACAUCAGCUGUUCGAGAACAGAAAUGAGAGAUUUUUGUUCAGAAGGCCAUUUAUGAGUUCUAAGUAUUGGAGGCCUAAAAACAGUCUAACACUAAACAGAUUACUUAACCUCGUGUCAAUAUUAAUUUUAAAUUUGCUUCAAUCAAUGAGAGAAGCUGUGCACUCAAGCUUGUGAGUCUGGCACUGGAGGGUUUAUAGGACCUCUGUUUUUAAUGUUGCCAAAUUAAUGGCCUGACCUGACAUACUGAGCUAUUCCUAGCUCCUGUUGAAACCAAGGGUUGGGAAUUGGGCAAGUUAUGGGAUGCUCAGCACUUCUUAGGAUGAGGUCUUAAUUUUCACUCUGCUUGUUCAGAGCAUAUACUCCAUGUGCAGUCUGUUAAUGUUCUCGACUUUGGACGUUAGAAAUGCUGUUGCACUGAAAUACCUAUUUUUUUUAACCAAUGUUUCUUUCCAUCUCCCUAUUCAAGUCCUCCACACAUGGUAGACACUAUAUAGCAUAAGUAGCCUUCUUGAACAAAUCUCUUUGCAAACUGAUCUCAUCCCAGCAAAGGAGUGCAUCAGCAACACUGUACAAUAUUAAUUUGAUUUUCAUUCUCAUGUUUUAUUUUGUAAAUAUAUCUGAUGUUUGGAGCUUGAGUAUACAAAAUGUAAAUAUAGUUCAUGUAUUUGUACUAAUUCUGAUCCAUUUGCUGUAUAGCCUUAGGUGUGCAAUGCAGAUAUCUAACUGUGUAUGGUAACCUUGCACCACUGAACUGUUAGUGAACGAGGUGAAACAAUAAAGGUACAACCAGUGCAUUAG